CUGGCCUUACGUAAGCAGGGAAAAGCCAAUUGUUUCCCUGGUCUACGCAGGGCGCCUUAGCGCUUGGGGCGUUUCGGAGCGGGGGGAGUGGCUCUCCCGCGCGACCGACUGCUCCAGGCCGGACGCUGGCGCCAUGGAGGAGUACGCUCGCGAACCUUGCCCGUGGCGAAUUGUGGAUGAUUGUGGCGGAGCCUUCACCAUGGGUGUCAUUGGUGGUGGAGUCUUCCAGGCUGUCAAGGGCUUCCGCAAUGCCCCUGUUGGAAUUCGACACCGGUUCAGAGGUAGUAUCAAUGCUGUGAGGAUCCGAGCACCCCAGAUUGGAGGUAGCUUUGCAGUAUGGGGUGGCCUGUUUUCCACCAUCGACUGUGGCCUGGUCCGGCUGCGGGGCAAAGAAGACCCCUGGAACUCCAUCACCAGUGGAGCAUUGACCGGAGCCGUGUUGGCUGCCCGCAGUGGUCCGCUGGCCAUGGUGGGCUCUGCGAUGAUGGGGGGCAUCCUGUUGGCCCUCAUUGAGGGUGUUGGCAUACUUCUCACCCGCUAUACUGCCCAGCAGUUCCGCAAUGGUGAGGACCUGGUGGGCAAUGGUCAGGGAGAGUCAGGAAGCACUGUCAGCCUUCUCCACGCUUCCUCACCGCAUUACCUCAUUCUCCCCUCUCCAGCACCCCCAUUCUUGGAGGACCCCAACCAGCUAACCCCUAAAGAGGGAGCUCCGGCCCCAGGUUACCCCAACUACCAGCAGUACCACUGAGGAAGCCGCUGUCUGCCCCUGCCACCGUGGGAGCUGCUCCUCAGUUCCCUCCCGGAUGAUCUACCUCCAAGGGAGGACUGGCUCCUACAUAGCCCUGAGACCUUCACAGAGGGCCUCUAUUCUACUCUCUUGUGGUAGGGGUGGGGGCACCCCAGCAGCCUUGUCACAUGGGUUCCCGUCUUGUGUCUCAGGGCUUCACAGCUCCACACAUGUAACAAUUCUCUCACCCCAGAUCCCUCGUGUGGCACCCUGAUGAAUGUUUAAAGCCAGUUUGGAAAUGUC